GUGUCAGCCGACAUCCGCCAUCCGCCAUCCGCCUCCCGCCAUGACCUGACACUCGACACUACAUCAUCGCUCGAUCUCUAUACCUCUCACCUCUCGACAAUAUGGCCCGCACCCCAGAGUACGAUAUUCCAGGCUUCAUCUACGCCUCCCUCAUCUCGGCCGGCGGCCUGAUGGGAUUCAUCAAGAAGGGCUCCGUCGCCUCGCUCAUCGCCGGCGGAGGCUCCGGCGUGCUGGCCGGGUGGGGAGCUUACCGCGCUUCUUACAACCCCAAGGACGUGCGCGUCUCCCUCGCCGUCGCUGCUGUCCUCACCCUGCUCAUGGGCAAGCGGUUCCUUGCGUCCGGCAAGUUCAUGCCUGCGGGUCUUGUCGCGGCGCUGUCCAUUCUCAUGGUUGUCCGGUACGCGAUGCGGCUUCAGUAGGAGAUGCGGA